GAGAAAUGAGAGAGGCAGGAGAGCUCAAUGGGCAAACACGACGUCCUGAUGAGCAAGUGAGGCUGUUUCUCUGGCAAGUUUUUGCCGCACCUCAGGAUUCUUUUAAGUUUUAAGUAGAAGUUGCUGCUGCUGCUCUUUGCACUUUACUACUUUUUUUCUACAGGUCCCUUCCUCUUCUUCUGUUUCCAUCUUAAGUUUGCCCUGCUGCCAAGUGUCUCAGAAGACGAUCUAUUUGUGGAGAAGAGCCAAGAUUGUUGCAACUUUUGAGUUACCCUACAUUCUCCUCAAGCCCCUUUCUCGUCUUGAACACCCUUCUUUGCCUCUCUUGCUCAACAGACGCUCCAACAUUCAAUUGUCUCACAUACACGCCCAUCUGCCCUCAUUUCUAUCAUUUAGCACCCUUCCUCUUUUCAGAUUAUCUUUUACCUGUCCAAAAAGGACAGACUUUACUCCCCUCAGAACUGUCCCACACUAUCUCCACACCCUUCCCUAGCUCCCCUUAUCCUCCUGGCCCCCUCAUGGGCACCGUAUCAGCCAACAGCGCCAGAUUCCCUUCAUCGUCACUGAGAAGCUCUCUCCACCCCUAACUGCUUUGCCAACAUCAACACCAAUACAGCCCAAUGGAGACAAAAGAUAUGAUGAUGACUAGCAUGUCAACAAUAGACAAAGAGGAGAAUGGGGGAGAGCUGGGCAAAGGGAGAGAGGAAAUAGAGGGGCAAGAGGAGGAGACGCAACAGGAAAAUGGUAGAUUGGUUCUGGCUGAUGGUCUCGGAGAGAGAGGACCAAAGAGCUUGACCUCUGGUUCCGGUCAGCAGGUGUCCAAUGGCUACACAACCUCCACCCCUCAGAGCCCCAGAGAGGGAUCGGCACCGGGAUCGGCUGCAGGGGCAGCACCUGGGCCCACGGGGGGAACUGGGUUAACGGGGCCGCUGGGAGGCCUGAGAACUCUGGUGGUCCAGCAGACCAGCUUAGAGAGGCCCAGAGAGACCUGGAGCAAGAAGAUGGACUUCCUGUUGUCUGUGAUCGGCUAUGCUGUGGAUCUCGGAAACGUCUGGCGAUUCCCUUACAUCUGCUACCAGAAUGGAGGAGGUGCCUUUUUGCUGCCCUACCUGUUGAUGGCUGUGUUUGGAGGAGUACCUCUCUUCUACAUGGAGCUAGCGCUAGGCCAGUUCCACCGCAGCGGCUGCAUCUCCAUCUGGAAACACAUCUGUCCCAUCUUCAAAGGAAUUGGCUUUGCCAUCUGCAUCAUAGCCCUUUACAUCGCCUUCUACUACAACACCAUCAUGGCCUGGGCCCUCUACUACCUGCUGUCAUCUUUUCGACCCACCCUGCCCUGGACCACCUGCACCAACAGCUGGAACACGGCCAACUGCAACCACUACUUGUCCUCGGACCACAAUGUGUCCUGGUCCAACUCGUCCACGUCCCCCGCCGAGGAGUUCUAUACGCGCCACGUACUCCAGGUCCACCUGUCCCCAGGACUGCACCAGCUGGGAUCCAUCAGCUGGCAGCUGGCCCUCUGCUUGCUCUUCAUCUUCACCAUCGUCUACUUCAGCAUCUGGAAGGGAGUCAAGACGUCUGGAAAGGUAGUAUGGGUAACUGCAACAUUUCCCUAUCUGGUUCUCCUGGUCCUUCUCAUCCGUGGGGCCACGCUGCCAGGGGCCUGGAGGGGCGUCGUCUUCUAUCUCAAACCCGAUUGGGAGAAGCUGCUUAGCACGACGGUAUGGAUCGAUGCGGCAGCUCAGAUCUUCUUCUCCUUGGGUCCCGGAUUCGGUGUGCUGCUCGCCUUCGCCAGCUAUAACCCCUUUCACAACAACUGCUACAAAGAUGCGCUGGUCACGAGCUCGGUGAACUGCCUCACCAGCUUCCUGUCUGGUUUUGUCAUCUUCACCGUUCUGGGCUACAUGGCGGAGAUGAGAAAGCAAAAUGUGGACGAUGUGGCGAAGGAUGCAGGCCCCAGCUUGUUGUUCAUCAUUUACGCUGAAGCCAUAGCCAACAUGCCUGCUGCCACGUUCUUUGCCAUCAUCUUCUUCCUCAUGAUCAUAAUGUUGGGUCUGGACAGCACGUUCGCAGGUUUGGAGGGGGUAAUUACCGCCAUGCUGGAUGAGUUCCCUCAUUUCCUAGCUAAGAGACGGGAGUGGUUUGUCCUUGGCCUUGUCUGUGUGUGCUACCUUGGGGCUCUGUCCACUCUCACAUAUGGAGGAGCAUUUGUGGUGAAGCUGUUUGAGGAGUACGCUACGGGUCCUGCCGUCAUCACCGUAGUUCUGCUCGAAGUCAUCGCUGUGUCCUGGUUCUACGGUACCAACCGUUUCUGCAACGACGUCCAGGUCAUGCUCGGCUUCUAUCCCGGUGGGUUCUGGAGGGUUUGCUGGGUGGCCAUCUGUCCCUGCUUCCUUCUGUUCAUCAUCAUCAGUUUCCUGGCGUUCCCUCCAGAGGUCAAGCUGUUCCACUACCAAUACCCAUCGUGGACAACUGUCUUGGGCUACUGCAUUGGAGUGUCCUCAUUCAUUUGUGUGCCUGCUUACAUGGUCUACCACUUACUUAACUCUAAGGGAACAUUCAAGCAGCGCCUGUUGAAAAGCAUCACUCCUCAGCCCAGCACCGACAACCACAGAGAUUUAUUUGUGACCAACGCAAUCUGACCAAACCCAUAGCGCAAGACGGCGCAUAUUCCCAAUUACCUGGAGCGCCCUCUUCUGCACAUACUGAAAAACUACAGGGCAAAGGGGGCUGUCUUUCAUCGUUCUCGCAUCUUUUCAAACAUCUCCUUCCUGUCCCAGAGAGAUCUAGAAACGUAAACCUGCUUUGGUUCUCCAUGCGGAUUCGGUUCUCGAGAACAUUUAUGUUUCUUUAAAACAUACUUCUCUGAGUUUCGCCGCUCUAUGCUUCGUGUCCCUUUCUUUAAAACACAAAAAGCGAUAAAGUAACAUAUUUUGUAAACUUUUAAGUAUGAUAACAUCAUGUAGACUUUAAAAACAGACACUUAAACAAGGGAUGCUCAAUUAGGGCAGGUCACAUGCAAUCACUACUUUCUAUUCUCAUUACUUAUGACUGUAGUCUCAUAUAAUGCUGUAAAGUUAUCCAUCCCAAUAUGUAGCAAAAUUCAGGUAUUUUUACAUCUGUUGCUAAAGCCAAAUAUUCCAGAUUUGUUCUGUUGCUGUUUCAUAGCUGUUGUUGUGUCAUGCUGUGUUGACUGUCAGCCUAUGUUAAUCUGAUAGAAUCUGGAGCGACCGGCAGACUUUUGCAAUGAGGUCCCUACACUGUGAAGCACUGUGACAUGAGUGUGUGUGUGUGUGUGUGUGUGUGUGCGUGCGUGCGUGUGUGCGCGUGAGUGCGUGUGUGUUUGCAUGAUGGACUGUUAUACCAUCCAGAGGAAAAUGAAUCACAGACGGGAAAACCAAUCGUGUUCACUCUGAGAUGGCAAUAUGGGAUAAAUGUAUUUAUUUCUGAAUGUGUCAGUGCUGUCACUUUGUCUCACCUCGCCCGCUGUUGCACCAUCAUGGGAAACGCUGCGGAAGGUCCUUAUUUGAUCUCAGUGGUAGAAGCCAAAUCUGGGUCAGAGCUAAUACCAUUACCAUUAUCGCACUCUGGAAAAAAAUAAAAUAAAAAUCAGCAUUAAAGCUCUUUAUAUUCUACCAAAAAAUAAAUAAAAAUGUGUGCCUGCUUGCGUGCGUGUGUGUGUGUGUGUUUUGGGGAGUGUGUGCAGGAGCAGGACAUAAAAUUUGUGGGAGCACUGUACAUCUACAUGUGUAAUUACUAGUCCUAAUUGGUAUUAGUGUAAUUUAUCUUGUGAAGACCUGCUUCCGCCUUCCAUGGACGUGGAGCUGCAUGUGCGUUCAGUGCUUGCGUGAUUGUCUGAAGCACCUUUAUGUGUGCCUGUCGUGGUGCGCGAGUGCGCAUGCGUGUACGCGUGUGUGUGCGUGUGUGUGUGUGAGUGUCAGUGAUGUGAACUCAUGUUGUCUUGUUAAAUGCCAAAAUAUCUCAUGAAGAGCGUAAUUCUCCCCUUUUCGCCUCUUUCUCUCGCUCGAGCUUAUGUAAGAUCUGUGUAUGUCAAACACGGCUGUACUGAUAAAACAUCUGUAUAGAAUGAAGAUAUAUAAAUAUAUGGGAAAUAAUAAAUAAUAAUAAAGAUAUAUGGAAAUUAA